AUUUUUUAUUUAUGUAAACGAGUUUUUUUUUACGUUAACUCAUCUUGCGUUUCAUUUCCACUCGGACAAUAUUAGCUGCAACACCAAACAAAUGGUCAAUUUUAACCCGUGCGGGACUUAUUCUGAAUGCACGCGCGGUAAAUACAAAGAUCUUAUCAACAUAAAUUAAACGGGCCCGACAGAAGCUCCACCACGGCGCUGUGAAGCUAGAAAAUGAGCCCCAAAACAACCCCAUGCUGGGAAAUCUGGAGAAGAGACAGAUCAAGCUCAAUCAGCUCAUUAAAACAGAUUCAAAAGAGACCAAACUCAACACCUCUGACAGCAGUAUAAACAAUAAUUCAAAGGCGUUCAGUUUUCCCACUGGAGUUUUUGCUGGAACUAAAAUCUCUCCUGAGACUUUAGUUCAAACGCUGAAGGUUGAUGAACCAUCCAGUAUGCAGAACAGAAAGGAUUCAUCUCACCCCUGGAUAUCAACCCAGCAUCACACAGGAUCAUCAGCACCACAAUGAAUGAAGGAGCCGGUGGGCGGCCCAGGGGGCAGCAGAAGCUCUGCAAUCUGGAUGUGGAUGAAGAGAAACGCAUGAGUUCGUGUAGCAUGGACGUUAAAGAAAACCGCAACCUGGACAACCUCUCCUCCAAAGAGGUGCUGGGGGUGGGGCCUCACUUAGCCAAUGGGAACGCUCGGGGAUUGAGCAGGAAGCGCCCAUUGGAGGAGGGCAACAAAGGUCACGGACAUUCCAGAUUCCGGCCCAAGAAGCGCAGGAAACCGCAAGGGCCAGUCUUGCCGAAAAAUGCUCUCAUGCAACUGAACGAAAUCAAACCGGGACUGGAGUACAAACUUCUGUCUCAGUCGGGGCCGGUACACGCUCCUGUGUUCAUUAUGACCAUCGAGGUUAAUGGACAGUUAUUUGAAGGCUCAGGCCCAACGAAGAAAAAAGCCAAAUUGGAUGCAGCCGAAAAAGCACUACGCUCUUUCGUUCAGUUUCCAAAUGCAUCCGAAGCUCACCUCGCGAUGGGCCGCACGCUGACUGUUAACACAGACUUCACCUCAGAUCAAGCAGAUUUCCCAGACAUGCUAUUUAAUGGAUUUGAGACACCCGCUCCACCUGAAGACCCCUUCUACCUGAGUCUUGGCAGCAGUGGGUCUCUUUGCUCCCUAAACGGAUUUGAUUUGCCCGUGGUGCUGAAAAACAACAACGGGUCAUAUCCUCCCCUCCAACUACCCCCUGCACUCACAACGCCCCCUACAGGCAGUGGCAAAAACGCUGUCAUGGUCCUAAAUGAGCUUCGGCCAGGUCUGAAGUAUGAGUUUGUGGCUGAGAGCGGUGAAAGCCAUGCCAAGAACUUUACAAUGGCAGUUACCGUAGAUAGUCAGAUGUUCCAAGGCUCCGGACGGAAUAAAAAGCUGGCGAAAGCGAGGGCGGCCCAAGCGGCUCUGUCAGGGCUUUUUAACAUGCAACUGGACCAGACACCGUCCCGACAGCCAAUCCCCAGAGAGGGACUUCAGCUACACCUGCCUCAGGUCCUCGCGGAUGCUGUUUCCCGUUUAGUUGUGGAAAAGUUCAGUGAGCUGACGGAUAACUUCACGUCUCCACAUGCACGGCGGAAAGUCCUUGCCGGUGUUGUCAUGACAACUGGUACGGAUGUGAAGGAUGCUCAGGUAAUAUGCGUCAGCACGGGAACCAAGUGUAUAAAUGGGGAGUACAUGAGUGAUCGAGGACUGGCCCUUAACGACUGCCACGCUGAGAUCAUCGCACGUCGCUCCCUCAUCAGAUACCUGUACAGUCAGCUGGAAUACUUCCUCAGCGACAGCACUGAGGAACAUGAGAAAUCCAUAUUCAGAUGGUGUAGUGAACAUGGCUACCAGCUAAAAGACGAUAUUCAGUUCCAUCUGUACAUCAGCACAUCGCCCUGUGGAGAUGCCCGGAUCUUUUCCCCUCACGAGGCUGGUGCCGAGGACCAGGGUGACCGACAUCCGAACCGCAAAGCCCGCGGACAACUGCGAACCAAGAUUGAGUCUGGAGAAGGGACAAUACCAGUUCGUACGAGUAACACCAUUCAGACCUGGGAUGGAGUGUUGCAGGGAGAACGACUGCUAACCAUGUCGUGUAGUGACAAGAUUGCCAGAUGGAACAUGAUCGGAGUGCAGGGGUCUCUUCUGAGUCACUUUACAGAACCCAUCUAUUUCUCCAGUUUAAUUUUGGGAAGUCUGUACCACGCAGACCAUCUUUCCAGAGCCGUGUACCAGCGCAUUGCAGACAUGGAUGAUUUGCCCAAACCAUUUGCCCUCAACAGACCUCUUCUUAGUGGUAUUAGUAACACAGAAGCAAGGCAACCUGGGAAAGCACCCAACUUCAGCGUCAACUGGACAGUCGGAGAUCAGGGUUUGGAGAUCAUUAAUGCCACCACAGGAAAAGAUGAUCUCGGAAGACCGUCUCAUCUCUGUAAACGCGCCCUUUAUAGUCGCUGGGUCGGUCUACAUGCCAAGCUCAGUGAAACUCUACGGAUCCAAGGAUCCCGGCAAGGCUCCUACCACGACGCAAAACAAGCAGCAGUGGAAUAUCACAAUGCCAAACAGACUCUCUUCGAAGCUUUCUACAGAGCGGGACUUGGAGCAUGGGUUGAAAAACCCAUCGAACAAGACCAGUUUUCCCUUACCUCUUAAGAUAAACAGAGAGAAAAGGAUUGUCUGCAAGAGAUCUUUUGUACAUCAGCAUGGAAUGCAAGGUUUUAAUCUAACCUCUACAGUUGUUAUAUUUUUGCCUCCGUUAUUACUAAGAAUUGCAUGGUUUCUUUUAUCUGUUGAAAACGGUUGUGUUCACUUCAAAAAUGGCUUGGUUAAAAAAAAAUGCUGAAAACUUGGUGCUAGGUAAAAGGUGGACAAUACCUUGCACUAAACCAAACCAGGUGACUUUCACGGUUCUGGCUUCAUUUUACCAAAAUGUACUGAUAGACAUAUUUGUUAUAUAAGAAAAACAUCUGAUACCGAUAGUUGGUACUUCUAGUACCAGUGGUGGUACUGUGCUUUUAGCCACCUUUUUAAACACCCUAAUAUACAUUACAUAACUUCAAAUGCAUUUUAGUUUUUUACAUUUAGCUAACUUAAGGUGCUUAAAUAACAGUCAAGCUGUGAUAAGUGAGGGAUACUGCACAGCUACCUGAGUAUUCAGACAGACUAUGGUAUAUAGAAAAUGAAGUGCUAUUAACAAGCCUCCCAUUGAUGGGACAUAAUUAGCUGUUUAAAUAAUAAGCCGAUUAUUUAUAAUAAUACAGGCCAACAGCAGUAAUUGCUAAAAACAAAAUUAAAUUAAAUAAGCUAAAAAUAAUCCAACAAAAUUACCCAACAGGCUUUGGGUAAAGUGAAAACCCAGUGUUUUUUUGCUUGCUUGUUUUUUAAUAGUUAUAAAUGUAUUUUUUAUGUACGUGUUUUUGUCUAAAACCACAAGUUCUUGUUUGAUAUUAAGAAUGUGAUGCCAUUUUAUUGAAAACAAUAAAGACUGCAUUGUAUCAUCAGAAAUCGAAGUUAAUCAGGUGGCAAUUGGGGAAGAUUUGUUUCGUAAAAAACGAAAAACUCAAAAGUUUGAUCAUCUGUGAUUUUUCAGUCAUUGUAAUUAUGUACACACUAAUUUACAAUGUUACAGAUUCCAGAAAAUUGCUUUAGAUUUUACACUGAUUACUUUGUUCUUGCCUCAAAUGGCUGUUUUAUGUGCAUUUGUGUUCCUCUUUGCAUGUCAUCCAUGACGUACACAGAACCGUAGGGUGUUCCAUUCAUCACUUUACAAUUUAGAAGGGUGCUUUGUAGCCGUAGUGCACUAAUGUCGAAGCACUAAUGUGAACUUCACAGUGGGUUUCAACUCAACAGUCUAUGCUGCAUUAUGUCACCAAAGUGACUGAGAGCAACAUUUAGGACCAGGCCACAGACAUUUUUUGUGUAUACCAUUCUCAUUGAUUUUGGUCUGUCGAACUUUUGGUUCAAGUUUUCUAACAUUUCCCAAACAACUCCAGCGUAAUUGCAUCAUUUCUCUUAUAAUCCUGAAAGUCGUACUUAAUUUCCAAAAAACUGAGUUUUGAGAGCUUGAACGUUUUUUUUAAAUACCCAAACAAUUUGAUAGACUUGGUGAGGGAUUAAUAACACAUGAUCAGUAUUCUGUGCGUUCUUAAGAACAAAAGAGUGGAUUCGUUUCUGGAAUUCAAAUUCCACUAAAUUAUGAUCUUUUGUUUACCUGCAAUAGCGACAUGCAAAAUGAAGUGAUUAGCAGUGUGAUAAUCGCAGUGACUAGAGGGAAAUUAUGUUUAUCUGAGCUUGUUGUGCCGGAUUGGUCUUUGAACAAUGGCACUUUCAGCUAAAGUGCUUUUAUACGUGCCUCCUUUAAUUCCCAUUCUAGAGUGUUUCUCCUCUUUUUCUCUUUUUACAUUACCAUUUAUCCGUUUGAGGGCUGAAGCCCCUUGUUUCGCUGAAGACUGCAAGAACUUUUAAAAGCAAAAAAUUCUGGAGUUUCUGGCCUCAGUCAUGAACCCUGGAUUUGAACAAAUAUUUGUAUUACAUUUACAUUUAUGCAUUUGGCAGAAUUAUUUGGAAAUAAUUUCGUGAAGUUUCAAUAACUGUAAUUUCCUAAACAUUUCAAGCAGUACUGUAGUACUAAAAUGUAAUGAACAUUAAAAUGGUAGG